AUGAGCAUCGGCAGCGGCAUCGUCGUUACACUUUCGUUCAUCAGCUGCAUAUGGCUGCCUGCUACCCUAUUGUGUUGCUUACCAUGGGUACAGAAGCAAAUGCUGUACCUGCAUUGGGUCACAAUGUUCCCUGGCAAAUGGCUGGAUGAACCUGAAAGAGCUGGAUUCAUGAAAAACCAGGUCACGCCUUUCUAUAUCGCAACAAAAGACAGUCACCGACUGUUCACGUGGCUCGUCACGCCGCUAGGCGUCUAUGCCAGAAAUCUGGAAGACUUCGUACGUGAGCAGUCUGGUGUUGAAGAUGUCUCAGAAAAACUUGCAUUCCGCUUGCUGCGAGAUGACCCGGAAGCACGGCUGCUGAUCUACUUUCAUGGCAAUGCGGCAACGCUUGGGCAGCAAAGACGCACAGAAGAAUAUAGAUCAUACGCCUCCGGUGCAUGUGAGAAGGUUUUUGUACUGGCUUUCGACUACCGUGGCUUUGGAAAGUCCAGUGGCGAGCCCUCAGAGGCUGGUCUUAGAAACGAUGCUGAAGCGGUGGUUGAAUGGGCGCUGAACGUUGCGAAGAUUGCACCAAAUCGCAUCACGCUUCUUGGUCAUUCAUUGGGCACGGCGGUUUCCACGGCUGUAGCAUUGCAGUAUGCUGAAUUAGGUGUCGAAUUCGCAGGCAUCAUUCUCUGUGCAGCAUUCACGAAUGCUGGUAAUGCGUUCGCCUCAUAUUCCAUUGGUGGCGUCGUACCGGUGCUCGCUCCCGUCAAGAUGAUCCCAGUUUUCCAAAACUGGUUCAGUCGCAAGAUGAGGGACACGUGGAGAACAGACUUAAAACUAAAGGCGCUUACUCGAAAAUACUCCAGACUGCGAUUAAUCUUCGUGCAUGCUGAGGAUGACGGCACGAUGCCAUGGAACCAGACCGAAGAGCUCUUCAAAUCAACAGUCGAAGCUGCGACUGAACCGAAUGCGGAAGACGAUGCGUGGAGUGCGCCAACGCCAAAGUACGAGGCGGUCGAUUUGGGCGAGGCUGGCACACAGGAAAUCUGGGAAACCGGUACUGCGCGCAUCGAGAAGCUCAUAGCCAAGCAUGGAGACCACAACCAGAUGAUGACAUGGAGUCCAAUCGCCCUUGUCAUUCUCCAGACUUUCGGAUUGACGGCUUCGACCACGCGCUUGUAGAGUCUUGGAUCUAGGUCUAUUUGCGUAAUACUGCUCUCAUCCGAUCGUUCCGUGCUGGUGACAAUGCUCUGUGCAACUCACCUGUACAGCUUCAGCUAAAUGCGUCUUGCAGAGAGAGGCUGUGUCGACUUUUGGAACGCAGACAGCCUCAGGCUCACGACGCGCAGCGGCAGCGACGCAACGUCUGCAAAAGCAACGCAUGAUUAAUGCAGCAGAUGUGGACCAAGACCACGAAGCCGCUACUUCCAAGCGCCGGCGGCUUCCAAGAUGUCUCGGUGACCUGGUGCGUCACCUACUUUGGCCUUCUCAUGACGUCCCAAAGCGGACUCACCGGAUACAAAGCCCACUGCGCGCUUCACUUGCGGUUUGCGUUCAUACUUUCGUGAAUUCACAGACCGCCUUUGUUCGCGGAUUCGCUGUUCCAAGACCCGCUUUCAACGAAUCCUCCAGUCGCCUGUGUUUCACCUGUCACUAUUAU